ACGUGGAUUCUGACCCUACUCCUUUCUAGAAUCUUCUGUGAGGCGAGACUGUUGAGUCGCAGAGGUCGCCUGAGCACGACGCCGGCCUAUGAUUUGAGCGGGGAGCCUGCUUUCAGCAAGCCUCUGUUUCCGUAGAAUGUGCUCCCUUUCUGUCUGAAAUGCCACGCCUUGGGAAUUAUUGGCUGCCUUCUCACAAUCGAAGAUGAUGCUGUAGCUCUUUCACCUGCCUCUCCGUGAACAACAUGCCUUUCUUCCCGGCUUUCUACUAUGUUUUUCUCUCAGCAUAUUGAAGAUAUUAUUCAACUCUCUCCUGGAUUUCACUGAUGAUAUUGAGAAGUCAUCUUGCAGUCUGUCAUGAUUUUCAAGAAACAGAAGAGACGCUGCACCUGCUCCAGUCCCACCUACCUCUUCCAGUGCUUCAUCCUCCCCUCUGCCUGAUUUGCCAUCUUGAUUUACAGAAAGAGUACGCUAAGGAUCCAAGGGAGAGCCUCCCCUCCAAUGUGCCUUCCCACAGGUUCCCGUCACCCAGCGCGGAUGGCCCCAGUGGCCACUCUGGCCACUCCGGCCUGCCGGACAGGGUUGUUAACCGAAGCUUGCAGGAAGGCAUCAGGCACCGCAUCUUCUACCUGUCUGAGCAGCUGAGGGUGGAGAGGGCCAGCCGGGAUGAGAACACUAUGAACUACUUCAAGCUGGUGGCUAACACCACACGUCACCAGGCCGAGCACAUCUGGAGGGCCUUUGAGAGGGUGAACCAGCGCAUCUGGGCUACCAUGUGGCACAUGGAGUGCCAGCUCCGCCAGUGCUACCAGCAGCUCCUGGAGCUAGAGGGCCGCAGGCACAAGGGCCUGGCUCUCAAGGCAGAAGGCGGUCCGGAUGACAGAGAACAGCCCAGUGGGCCUGGUACUGCUGCAGCCUGUGGGCCGGAGACUAACCCCUCCAGCCCCAGGCAGCAGCGAGUGUUUCUGCUGCACAGGGCAGAGGAGGAGCUGGCGGAGGUCAGGAACUCAUGCUUGGAUCUGCAGGAGGGCUACCAGCACUUCCAGGACAGGUAUCUGACAGACUUGCCGGUGUUGCUGGAGUCCCUUCAGGAGCAGAGGUACAGACACGCACUGGUGGUGGAACAGAUGGACGACCACCUGCAGAGGCAUCGGAAUGAGAUUUACCACUUCCUGCAGAGCCUGGUGUGCACUGAAGAGAAGAUGGCAUACCUGUCCUACGAGCAAGCCAAGGAAAUGUGGGAGGUCAUGGAGGCUUUCAAGAGCAGGCUGGCCAGACUGGAGGCCACGCAGCAAGCCACCCAGGUGGAGGUGACAACAAGGCUGUGGAGUGGCCCCCGGGAGGUUUUGCUCCGCUUCAUGAGCCUGCUGCUUGUCCUUGUCUGCGUCGUCCUGGCGUGCGUCUCUACCGUGUGCUCCUGCCCUCUGCCCCCGGCCACUUGGCACCUGCGCACGUGCACUGUGCUCAUACUGCUUGGGCUCGGGGCCCUGGCCUGGCAGAAGCAACAUGCCAUUGCUGCCACAGACUGGCAGGUGUGGGUCCCUUCCAGGUGGAGGCUGGAUGCCGAGAACUCCAGGCCUCCAUCAGGAGGACCUCCCGGGGCUGGUUCCCUCCCUCCUCCUGCUGUCCCUUUCUGAUCCCUUGGUCAUCCUGCACUUCCAUGUUGCCACCUGGAGGUGUGGGAGUGUGGGAGAUUAAAGCCCACUCAUACCUGGCACCAGGACCCCUACGCAGCAGUGGCAGCCUCUGUGAUUUGCUUGGUUCUGGCAAAGAGCGAUUCCUUUUA